CUCCCCGGCAGCCGCGCCGGCAGGUGCCGCUCCUCAGACGACCGGUGUGACGCGCGGUGCUCCCAACCAGUGCUGCUGCCGGUGCUCUGUGCUUCGUCUGUGUUCCUGUGCUCGGUCUGCAGUCACCGUUGUUUCCUUCUGUGUGAAAUUGCCGCGUUCAGCGUUGUGCUGCUGCAGCCACGGCUGAAGGUGACGGACAGCCAGGAUGAACUGUUUCCGGAGGACCAGCAGCGUUCACAGCUGCAGUAUUGUUCUGCUGGACGGCACGGAACUUUCCGAGGAGAUCAGGGAUGACAGCCUCGGCCAGGAGCUGUUGGACGUGGUGCUGCGCAGGCUCGGCAUCCACGAGACCAGCUACUUCGGACUGCGAUACGUGCACGCCUCUCGGCAACCGCACUGGUUGAACCCAAAUAAAAAGGUCCUUAGGCAGCUGAAAGGCACCAGUCCCUUUACACUCUACUUCUGUGUUAAGUAUUACGCCACUGAUCCGUGCAAGCUCCGAGAUGAAAUAACAAGGUACCAGUUUUUCCUGCAGGUGAAGAAGGACAUUGUGGACGGUCGGCUGCCCGUGCCACAGGAGCUGUCCGCGGAACUCAGCGCCUGCGUGGCCCAGUCCGAGCUGGGCGACUUUGAGCCCAGUUUGCACGGCGAGGGCUACUGUCGGCAGUUCCAGCUGAAUCCCAUGGAGCCGGCGUCAGAACAGGCUAUCUCGGCUCUGCACAGGUCGCUGAAGGGCCGCUCUCCGGCAGAGGCGGAGGCCGCCUUCCUCGAGAAAGUCCGAUGGCUAGACAUGUAUGGAACCGAUCUCUACCCCGUCAUGGGCGAUGACAGUGCCGACACCUUUGUGGGCCUGGCGCCGUCAGGUGUGCGGGUCAUCAGAGGAAAAGGAAGAGUCAGCAACUAUUUUUGGCAUAGAAUAUCCAAAGCAUUUUGCAAGAGGGACUGUUUAGUGAUCAAGACCCGCGAUAAUAAUAACGAAGAGCAGACCAUCAGCUUCCGAUGCGUCUCUAGACUGGCGUGUCAGCUUCUGCUGCAGAGCUGUCUCGAACAGCAGGAGUUCUUCCGGCAGGCCCUCGUCAGCCCGCCCGCUGCUAAUGGCUCCAAGGGAGGACGGUCUGAGGCACGGCGGGGAUCGACUGUAUCGUCGUCAAUACGACAGUGCGGCAGACGGGAAACGAGUCGACUCUCCAGCGCAGAGCACGAACAGCCACCACAAGCUCGGGACGGCGACAGCGCCACACCGUCCUCGUGUCAUAAGAGCGUGUCGAUACCGCAGCCCGUCCAGAGCGCCACGUCUCUGUACAGAGCCAACUCGGUGAGCGCCGAGACCAAGCCGUCGCCCGCGGGCUCUCCGAGGUCGGUCCGCUCGGCGCUGCUCUCCACCAAUCAGGUGGCGAGUCUGUUCAACACGCAGCCAAUCAGCAAGUCGCGCAGCCGCACCAGCGUUGACAGCCAAUCGUCGGCCGACAGCAGGACGCAGCGCAGGAACCGCCACCGUCGGGAGGGCAGCGCCGGCAGUGACGUUAGCUCGGGGGCCAGCUCAGCUCGGUCCAGCCGACGGUACAGGAACCGACGGGCAGAGUCUGGGUCAGACUCAGACAGGAGCGGCGGCAGCAGACGACACCGCAGCCGGCGGCACAGGCACCACGCCGCGGCCGACGUCGACGAGCUGAUCGACUCGGAGCCUCAGUGGCGGGAGGUGCAGCGUCUGCAAGCUGAGCGACUGCGGCCCUCCGGCUACCAGAACUCGGGCAUGGAGACCGAGACGGAGCUCUCCUACCAGCCGAAACGGCGCGUCAAACGGCACAGCCGUUCCCGGUCCCGCUCGCGCUCGCCGGAGACGAACCGUAACCGUCGUCUGCCGGUGGAGCUGCGGCGACACCUGCAGUUUGGAUUAGUGGAGCCGCCGGCCGACCCGUCCGCUGACCUCCAGUACACGCGGGUCACCACCGAGCACAAAAUGCCGCGCAUCAGAUACGCGGCCAAACGCAGCCAGAAGGGCGGUUCGGUGGAUGGUCGGUCGGAGACCUCGGAGCCCCCGCUGUCAGUGGCCGCCCCACCUCAGGACACCACCACGGACAGAGCUCUGCCGCCGACCGCCGCCUACCCGGCCGUCUCAGCGGCGUACCCGAGCACGGCGGCGGCGUACCCGAGCACAGCGGCGACGUACACGGCCCCCGGGGUGCCGUACCAGUCGGCCGGGGCGCCACACCCUCCCCCGUCUGCCGCUUCACAGUCGGCCCGGUCAGCAGCCCCCGGCCUCCAGGGACGGACACCGGCCGGGGAGCGGAUCAGGGAGGCCACAGCCAGGACGGGAAGGGAGUCGUCUCCAGCUGCGAUUGGUUCAGGUCAGACGCGGCUGACCCCGGGUCAGGUCAGCCUGCCGGCCGACUCUCCGUACGAUAACUCCGACUCCGGUCUGGGCAACGAGUCGCCGACAGAGUUCACCAGACUGUCAGCACAAGCAUCCUUGCAGAAUGGAGUAGGAGCAUCUCGUGCAAUGACGUCACACGGUGAACCGCGGGUUGUGCGGACAUUGGACACUAUGACGUCACUCUGAUGACUCAUGGCAGUGACGUCAGCUGUGGCAGUGACGUCAGUAAUAGUGAUCACGUCAAUUGUAAUAACGCCACUGGAGAGGCACCGGAGUCGUUACCGUUGCGAUGUUGUAAAUGGGUUUCCGAGCUCAUGACAUGGUGAUGACGAUCACAUCAGUAAUGAUGUGUGAAGUGUCGUUUGUGACGUGACGUUAACAGAGGAACACAGGGUAUCAGCGUUUGCUGUCAACAUGCCGUCUAGGAUAAUGGAACAUUGUCGUUUGCCUAUAGCUACGUGAAGUCCGAUAUUGCAUUCCUAACUGGCAUGCACAAUGUGUAUAGUGUGUAGGAGGGUAGUGAGGUGGGAUAAUAGAUGUCUGUUGUUGAUUCUAGCUUUCCUCGCGAUUUAUGAUCACCUUGUUAGACAUUGAUAUCGCAGCCAAGUAUGCCUGGCUUAUAAGCAAUGUCAUUGCUAAGGAUAAUAAGCUUGUGACUGUUGAUGAAGACCAAUUUGUAAAAAGUGAAUGCAUUUAUUUUUGCGCUGGCAAAAUCGAGUCAUUCGGAACAUCAAUAAUGUUUAACCCGCGCCCGGCUGGGGGUCCUGGAUUUGCACGCCCUGCUGGGGGGGGGGGGUUUGAACACCCCCCCCCCUUGUAACUCGGCUCCUGGGCCACGUAGCGAUACGCGGAAGGCGGCGUUCGAAAGAGCGUCAAAAAUAAUGACAAAAUCACUUCGGUCAAUUUUUUGGUCAGGUCAAAGGUCAGGUCACCAGAGGUCAUUGAAGGCAAAAUUUCGCCGAUUUCCAGGUCGAAUGUCGAAAAUUUCCAAGAAGCCAACGCAUAACUCGAGAACCAAUAGAGCUACAGCGCCGCGGAAAAGCGCAUUCGAUAUCCCUUUUAACGCCCUUUCUGAGUAUUUCUCUCAGAUUUGACCUAACGUCAACGGUUUUGCCUGCAGGGGGCAAAAACUGCAAAAAUAGCCGAUUUUUUCGGAAACAGUUUUUCUGCAAUAACUUUUGACCCAAGCCUUGUACGAGCUUCCUUUUACCGGCAUUGUGUUCCUCUCGUCAAGGCGCAUCGAACGAACCAUAAGUUGACCUUGAAAGGUCAACUUGAAAAUUUGACCUCAGGUCAAGGUCAUGACCUGACCGGAAAGAAUCAUGUUGCAUAUCAGUCGAUCUGUAUCGUCGAGCUGAACACAUCUAAGGCGUUUUCAUCGCUCUAGCAUGCCUCUAUCGAAAGUUAUUUGCGAAAAACUGUUAGAUACCAUUCGUGACCUAAGAUGACCUCAGGGCAUUAACAAGGGUCACGGACACCAUUUUCAUGUUCAUUGUGUCUAAACCACUUGUAAUUCGGUGUUUGGGAGUGUUUAUAAUGUCUUUUGUCCAAAAGACGCGCAUUUCAAUUUUCUCCCAUUGACUUAUGUAUAAUGGGGAGGUCGCAAAAUUGACCUGACCUUAGGUCAUCGACAUCAAAAUUCUGAGAUAAACAUUUUGUACAUGCUAUUGCUCUUAGCAAUCGCUGAAAGUUUCAAAGCGAUCGGUCACUCGGUGUAGCUAUGACAGACAUUGAAACUUUUUAUGAGGUGAGGUCACUUCAAGUGACCUGGUGACCUGACCUUGAAUGACCUUAGUCUGAAAUUUUCACAACAUGUGUAGAAUUGAUGUAUGAUAACUGAUAAGGUGUACCAAAAACGGCGGCGCUCCGCGCCGCCGUUUUUGAGAUAUUCGCGAAAAACCACAAGGGGGGGGGGGUGUUCAAACACCCCCCCAGCAGGGCGCGGGUUAAUGGGAUUCGGAUAGCGACUAUUCUGACAUCAUUUCGGUUGGUCCUCUAAGCUUCACAAACCUAAAAAUGCGUUUGAAUAUGUUCGGGCAGGUUGAAUUGCUGCCGCUAGUCGCUAGUACCAGUCACCUGUGGCAAAGUCUGCAUGAGUGAAUAUUUAAACUGGAUUUUUGUAACUGAAAUACACUGUUCCUGCAUA